AUGCGAUUUGGCAGGAAGCGCAGGAAGCUCGAUUUAAAGACUUCAAGCAAUGAUAUAACAUUCGGAAGGCUAAAGCACCAUCAAAUAGGGGCGCACGAUCUUACCUUUGAGGACCAGGAACUGAAGCAAACUUACAACCACAGAAAAGUGCUACCUGGUAGACAGUCCCCGGUCAAGGAAACUGGAUCAUUAAAGAGGAUCUGCUCCAGUCGAAUUGCUCAUGCGGCCGAACUAAUCACGAGCUACCACAUAGAGACGACAGACUCCAAUUGGAAUAUUUGGCGGCCUGUGUGGAAUUUCAUUCUCAAAUACGAAAAAGACACUCCUGCUAUUUUUGAGCUGUUUGCGGAUUAUUUUGCGCAAAAAGACGACUUCUACUGCCAUCGAAUACCUGCAAACUGGCGGAACCUCGACAAUUAUAAACGUGGGACGUUUGUUGAACUGAAUUCAAUCAAUCGCAAACAUAGAUUUGAGACAUUCUACCAGCAUGUAUCGUUAGGUACGCUUUUUACUGAUCUACAACGCUUAAAAUUUGAGAACUUGGUUGUGUUAUCGUUACAAGGCAUAGAUUUGACAAAAAGAAACCUUUGUCUAAAUGUCCUUUCAAGCAUGAGAUAUUUGAACGUUUCGCACGCAAAUGUUAACGACCAGAUGCUCAAAAGCUGGAGCAUUAGCAUGAAAAACGGAAAUUUGAAAAGCCUCUGCUGCCUAAUCUUGAACCACAAUAACCUGGAAAAAGUCGAUUGCAUCCUGGACUCUCCCUUACAGUAUCUUGAGAUUGACAUUGUGAUCGAACAUCCGCACUGGAGAUCAAAUACAAAUUCCAAGCUAACUGUUCUUCCGGAUGGACUAAAAUUUGCGCAGAUCAUGGGCAAGGAUUACUGCAAUUCUCAGAUCAUUUUCGAUUGUAAGGUAUCGAGCACUGAAGGUAGCGAGUCGCUCGAGAAAUUGUGGAAAAGCAGGUUUCAGUCAUCAAAUCCCAGCCGUCGAGUAUUUCAGUAUACCCGUAUUGCCGACUCGAAGCCAAGUAUUUUGUCAAGGCAGACCAAGUCCCGUCCAAAAGCGCGCGCAAAGAAACUCGAUCUGAAGACAUUUUUCGACAUAUAG